AUGGCUCCCAAGAAGAACGCCGCUGCUCCUGCUCCUUCUCAGGUGCCCCCUUCGAUGGCCAAGCCUUCCCACGGCCAAACAUCUGCUUCGUCGGCGCCAACCAAGCCCAUUGCCGCAUCAGCAAAGGCCACCUCCGCUAGAACCACUGUCCGCAACUCAUCAGAUGCUCAAGAGAUCGCUUUGGCCGUCUGGGACCGCUAUGUUCAGGACACCCCUCAACGUGUCAAGCUGAUUGAUGUCUUCAUGACCUUCCUCAUCUUCGUCGGCGCUCUUCAAUUCCUUUACUGUGUCAUUGGCGGAAACUACCCCUUCAACGCUUUCCUCUCCGGUUUCUCUGCUACCGUCGGCCAAUUUGUUCUUACCGCCAGCUUGAGAAUCCAGACCAACCCCCAGAACAAGGCCGAUUUCGGCUCCAUAUCACACGAAAGGGCUUUUGCGGAUUAUGUCUUUGGAAGUCUAAUUCUUCAUUUCUUCUGCGUCAACUUCAUCAACUGAGGCCUCU